AUGCAGCAAGUAAUGGUGAAAAACGUUGUUAUCAUAAGGAAAAAACAAUGUGAAAUUUGUGUAGAUUGGUUUAAGGCUGGAAAAUCAAACAGUCAUUUUAGGAGACCAUGUAAAGGAAAAGGAAAAAUGGAAGUAAAGAUUGAAAAAUGUAGAAAUUGUAACAGAGAAAUAUCAAAGUCAAAUUUUAAAAGACACAGAAAAAUAUGUGAAAAAUUUAAUAUCAAAGAAAAGGAUACCCAAAUAUUACAUUUGUAUACACUGACAAUAAUGCAUAAAUACAUGAAAAUGAUGGAAAUAAAAAGGAGACAAACAAAAAGGUGGUUAAAGAAUAUUGAACUUGAAUCAAUUCCACCAACACAAAUGUAUCAACAUUUGCCAGAAGAAUAG